AUGCACAGAAACAAAAUGGGGCAUGCUGCAUUGAUACAGGAAGAGAUGAUACAAGAGAUCUUCAGUGCAAGCUUAGUUGAUGAAGGAUGAAUUAAUGCAUGAUGUGCUGGCACAGAGCACUGUAGACAAGUGGCAUUGAUACAAGAAAAUGAAAUGAUAAAAGAAUUGACAGUGCAAGAUGAUUCAAUACAAAUUGUGCUGGCACAGAACGAAGAUUGCAUGUGAUGUACUAAUAAGGGUGAAGCUGUAAGAGUGGCAACUAUGCAAGGUAUCAUUCUGCAAAAUGAUAUUAAGAUAAGGUUUAACCUAGAUUUCCUUAUAAAGGUUUGGCUAAUAGUGAUAUGUUAA